AUGGCAACCUCGGCUUUUGCUAACUCGCUUCUUUCUUCUUCUUCUUCAACAUCUUUUAGUUAUGGAGUUAUACCCUCCAGUAAUAAUGCCUUGCUUCCAUCUCGGAUUUCAGUUUCCGAUUCCAGAUCUCAUAUUUUGCCUUUCUCUACCCAUUUGAAGCUGAAGAAGAACAAAACCAAUUCAAGCUCUUUGACCACCUUUUGCUCUCUUGAUGCUGCUGCUAAAGACCCAGAAGAAGAGCAGACACCCAUUGAACUCAAAUAUCCAGCUUAUCCUACUGUCAUGGACAUUAACCAGAUUCGUGAGAUUUUACCCCACAGGUUUCCAUUUCUGUUGGUGGAUAGAGUGAUUGAGUACAAUCCAGGAGUUUCAGCUGUUGCCAUCAAGAAUGUGACCAUAAAUGACAAUUUCUUCCCUGGUCAUUUUCCCGAGAGGCCAAUAAUGCCUGGUGUUCUCAUGGUUGAGGCAAUGGCACAAGUUGGUGGUUUGGUUAUGCUGCAACCAGAAGUUGGAGGCUCUCGUGAGAAUUUCUUCUUUGCUGGAAUUGACAAAGUGAGAUUCCGAAAACCAGUGAUUGCAGGUGACACCUUAGUUAUGAGAAUGACACUUAUCAAGCUGCAGAAACGCUUUGGAAUAGCAAAGAUGGAGGGGAAAGCUUAUGUUGGAGGUGAGGUAGUUUGUGAGGGUGAGUUUUUGAUGGCCACCGGUAGUGAAUAA